GAAGCAUUUCUCUCCGCUCUCCUUAAGGCAACUAACGAAAUGGUCUGAAUAGAGUUCAUUCAUUUAUGGUAUACGUGCAUUUAGAUCCAUUUAUUAUCCUUAUGAAGCCUGGUGCUUAUUGCUGGAGUGUGAAAGCGAAGACCUUGUCCAGACCAUGUAAGCAGUUCUUGCAGGGCAAUCAGCAUGGUUAGCUCAAAUAGUUUCUCCAAUGUUUUCAUAACCUGGGAAGAAGAAUCGCAAAGGAAACUGGUGACUCAGAGGAAUUGUAACAUUUAUAACCAGUUUAAUGUGAGAAAUUGAGACCAGCAAGUAAUGGGACAGUAAAACAUUUCAGCGAUAAAAAGAUGGUCAUGGAGGAUACAUUUCAUAUUUAAUGCAUAGUUUUGUAAACCAAUUCUUUACAGAGCGUAGCAUUUUACAUGAAGGAACCAUAUUUACUUCUGAUGUUUACAUCUGAUAUUCACUCCACAUAAAUGACAAAAAUGAGGUACUUAAUAGUGCUUCAAAGGAUCAAACUCAGGUGUACUUUGGGACAUAACCAAGCUAAAACUUUUUGUUGUUGUUCUUGUUUGCUGCUUGCGUGUCGCUGAGGAUUAUGGAGCUUCUACCUGAUGGUUGGCAAGCUGUGAUUGGUCCAGCUUACAGACAUGUGUCAAACAGUAUAGAGGCAGAGGUUUCUGAACCAGUUUUGCCCUGGUAGGACGUGGGUAUGUGGUGGAAGGAACGGGGACAGAGAACCACAGAGUUUUUUUCCACUGUAUAAUUUGGGCUUGCUAAUAUCAUGGUAAUGUAGCAAACUGUGAGCCUUAAAACUGCACUGUUUAUGUGCAGGACAGACUUGCAGACGACUACCUUGCCACCAUUUUGGAUAUGAUUGUAGUUUAAAUGGAAAGUUCUGUGACUAUGCAGACUACUCAAAAAACACGAUCAGAUUAGUUCGAUCCCUGUGGUUCGGCUUCAGGAUUAUCCAUCAAAAAAAAUGAUCAGUUUUAUUGGUUAACAUAUAGUUAACUGUGCCUUAUGUAACAAUUUAAAAAUGUAGCUUUUUUUUCCCUCAACAUAAUGAUACUGUUUUUGAAGUAUAAAACCCAGGGUGGGUUUGCUGUGCGCUGUCAAUCACAGGCGGAUCUCAUCCAAUCAGAACCAAUCACCAAUAAGAAGUGGGUUAAACCUGCCAGGGAAUAUUUUAUUCCUUCCAUAAUUAGUAAUUUCCAUAAUUAGUAAUAACAGCAAGAGGUUUUACCAACACAAUUGAUUGUUUAAUUGUGAGGUCCUUUAAUACUUUGGUACAAUAUAUGUCAUUUAUUUCUACAGUUAAUACAGUUCAUUUCCACAUUCCUGAAUAGAAACCUGCAUUGACGUUUAAACAGUAACUUGGUCUCUAAUGGAAAUGUGAUGAAAGGUCAUAUUAUAUUACAUAAAAACUGGUUUAUCCGAAGCAACAAUUUAAUAAAUUUGGCUGGCAGAGCACCAAAGCCAUUCUUAAGAUUUUAACCUACAAACAUCCAAUCACAUGUUCAGAUCUGUAACCAAAAAAUUGCAUCUGCAAAUAUGGUCACAAAGUUGAUACUGAAGUGAUUGUUUUAUUUGAUAAUGUUACAUUACGGGCAGUAAUUUCAUUGAUUUCCUUUAUUUUCCUCUCUGGCUCAUGUGGUCUUUGGAGUUUAUCUCACUGUCUUGCUGUGUCAUCGGCACGAAUCUAUCUGAACCAAAACAAAUUCAUUCAGAAAUUUAUUCCAAGACAAGCAGAGGAGGUAGAUCACACGAUUCCUCCCUGAACAGUUUAAGGUCCAACUAAUGGACCUUGAGUUGCUCAAGUCAGGGUCACCAGUGACAAAGAUCUGGCAUCUCUCCAGGACCAGAGUGGUUUGGCACUGGCCGUGUGAGUACAUCAGUGUGAGGAGUACUGUGGAUGGAUAUAUGUCACAUGUAAAACUGUCACAGACCAAAAAACCUGAAAAAGAAGAGUAUAACAUCUACAUUUCACUCAUAUAUCUAACUCUUUUGGUUUAAGCAAGCUAUAGUAUAGGGGUCCCUGAGAUGUACAACAAUAAGGUAGCUGGGUUUCUUUGAAUCACAGUGUGUGUCAGGCAGCUAUGACUAUUAAUUUUUUCAUUUAAAAUACGCACAUUGCAAUUCCAUGUCUGGGCAGCACUGAGCAUGCUUCAGAUGUCGGGAGGCAAUGUACACCAGGGGGCGGUAGAGAGCCCUUCAUUGGUGAGUCAUUGGUUAACUGUGGAUCAUAAAUAUAGAGGAGAAGGCCACAAAGAUCACACACCCUGUUCCUCCCUCUGAAGCAUAUAGUUUUGUGCCGCCCUUUUGUGUGGCAAGUGAACAGCCUUUUCAUUGCUAAUUAAAAGCUCCAACAGUUUCCCCACCCAAAAUUAGGAAUGGUUAUUAAACUAUAUUUAAUGCAAACGUGGGAAAACACAGCACAUUUCUAACAGCCAAAUUUGCUGUAUUCACUUUAGAUGAAAAAUAGGACGAUUUUAAAGCACUGCCUUUGCUCCAACUGAUAUUUAAUUAGACGUACAUCAGCAUAGUCUUGAUCCCACAAGAGUUUGUAUGGCUGUCAUGAAUGGAGGGGGUUUCUUUGUUGGGAUUAAAAGGUCAGAAUAGAUUAUUAAUAGAUGCAUUCAGUUCAUAGACACUGCAAAGCAAUUGAAACAAUGCAAGUCGGCUCCAAACUCUGUUGCUUUACUGUAUGUUAUUUUACCAAAGCCCUACCAUGGCUUCUACAAACAGACAUUUCUGUGUUAUGCCUAAAAUAACAAUUUUAACAAUUAUUAUUUAUAAUAAUAAUAAUAAUAACAAAGGUCCUAGUGCUUUGGCUUCCCCUAUGUCCCUUCAUGUUUUCUUUAGCUAAGGUAUGAGUCACACAGCUCAUAACUGAGUUCACUGCUGAUUUUCCACCAGAUUUCGGUGUGGGAGUUGUAGAAGCAGCACCUCUUGUGUUCAAAAGCUUUAACAGAGUGGUAUGUAUUUGUUAAAGUGAAGGGGUUUCCAUCUUCAUUGCCAUCAUUGUGUAAACUAGGGAUGGGCAAUAUUGAAUCGUUUGUGAUAUACCAGGAAAAAAAAUUCCCCACGAUAAUAAUUAGUCAUCCUGUGAUAAUAAAGAUAAACUCUAAUUGAUAACAUAUAUGUGUGUGCGACGCGCUCACAGUCCGACCCGCUGCAACAAGCACAGCGGAAGGUGAAAGAGAAGCUGAGGAGGAGUUCAUUGCUAAAAAAGGAGCUACCUCAAUCAUCUGGAAGUGGUUUGGAUACAGAGAUCCUGACGUGGAACAAACAACUGUAAUAUGCAAAGUUUGCAAAAAACAAAGCCAGUGCUUACAAAGGAUGGUAGCACAUCCAGUUUGUUCCACCACCUCAAACACAAACCAGAGUAUGAGGAAAGUCAGAAGAUGCGUGAGGAGGAGACAACAAGGUCGACCAACGUUACAGUUAAGAAAAUUCCUACUCAGCCGAGAAUUGCCGACACAUUUUCUUGUUGCAUUGCUUAUGACGAGCAAAGUAAACGAUGGAAGAAGUUGACAGAGGCAGUGGCAAAUUGCUUGGCUAAAGACAUGUCACUCCAAAAAACAGUAUUGAAUUGUAAUAUUUUUAUCGUCAUUUCUAUUGUUAUUGCAAUAAAUAUAAGAAAAUAUCGGGAUAAAAUUUUAAGUUCAUAUCACCCACCCCUAGUGCCAGCUGAUAAAUAUCAUUUCCACUGUCCUCACAGGCCACUCGUUCAUUUAUUAAAUCAUAUAUUUAUUUGUUUUCAAAUGCAGCUGUUUGUUUCAGGACUUGGUCAUGAGGUUGGUUUGUCCAACUUGAAAAAGCAGCUUGAAUCUUAUUGUAUGAGGUUCUCUGAAUGACCAUGAAGCUCUCUCUGUUCCUGUCUCUGGCCUGUGUGUCCACGAUUCUCCUAUGGAACUGCAGCUGUGAUGCCACACCCUUCCCAUUCAACAUGUCUGCAGAAGGCAGUGGGGAGAGUGACCCAGAGGUCAUAGAACCUGCCUCCUUUACCACUCACAGCCCAGGCCAUGUGUCUCCAACACCCAGGGUCACCACUGCCACUCGCAUCAAGCACUUCAUCUUCAAUCAGGUGGUGGACUUCCUGCGUGAGAAUCUGCUCCUCAUCAUCGUCGUCUCUUCACUGGUCAUCAUCCUCAUCUUCAUUGUCUGCUGUGCCUCUGUCAUGAGCCACAAACGCAAGCUCAAUGCCUACUACCCAUCAUCCUUUCCCACAAAGAAGUACGUGGAUCACAAGGAUAAGUCUGGGGGUGCCAGGACGUUCAAUGAAGUUCCAGGCAAGCUACCUAGCACCCAGCAGGCUCGACCACUGGAACCUGUCAUACAACCACAAACUGACAACAAAAUGAUCACCAAGAACCUGAGGACUCCCUCAAAUGCCCUGGUGGGAGAGAAGGAGGGCAAGGAGUCCAAACUGAAACCCCAUGAAAUUGAAACCAACAAGGAAGAGAGGAGGCCAGAGGAGACCACCCAAGUCGCCAAGCAGGAGGAACCUAAACAAACCCCAAGCACCAGCCAGCCCCCCCUGGUUUGUCUGUGUCACUUGAGAAAUGGCAACCAGCCAAAUGCGUCCCAGAAUUCUUCUGGCCUAGAAGAUCGAGUGGCCAAGAGAGAUGGGAAUGUAGCAAAGGUUCAGGGAGUUGUUGUGGAAGUGGUGUAAAGAAUGAGGAGGAGAGAUGACUUAACACUGUGUAUGGCUGGUCUGAUGCCUUCAACACAGCAUGUCUGUCACACUAUCCUGUAUUUUUUUUGCUAUUUUGUUUGAGAUGGUGGAAAAUUAAAAUCAAAAGAAUCAAAGGCAGAGCUGUAGUAUUUUUCCAACUGAUUUAUUUAAAAUUAUUGUUCUGUCAUUAAUGCACAGAAACCGAAUAUGGAUGACUUCUGUGACUUCUGGUGCGUUGUAUGAAACUUGUUUUAGGCUCAAAAGUAUGAGCCAAAAAUCAUGAAAAAUGGUUCCUUGAUUUUUAUUUUAUUUUAUGAGACACAUGUCUGAUUUUCCACUCAUUUAAAGCAGGGUUCUGGCAGUGGCAGACACAACCUAUUUAGUAUAAACAACACUGAUAUUUUAUCAUAGUUCUGUAUUCAUUGUUGCAUAUUUUUGGAAGCGACAAUCUAUGAAAAUACCUCUUGUGGUACCAUUGCCAAGGCACUGAGGUUGUAAGCCAUUUCUAUCUGCAGUGAUAUACCUGCGCGGUGUCCCCCUCAGUGCCUAUAUUUUAGACAGGAAGGGAAGAAUUUAAUCAUAUGUGUAAAAACCGAUAUCACUGAUUUUUUUUUUCUUUUUUAAGUAGCAUGCAGCUGUUGCGUUAAUUAUCUUUAAAUGUUUUUAGUUCUGAGUGACCUGUGCUUACCUCUUCUGAUUCACUGCAUCUUUAAGACAGCUUUAUUAAACAUUGGCCUUUUUUAAGGUCAACUUUUCAUUGUAGCAACCUGGUAGACACAAGAAAUCAAUCAUUGUUACAUUUACAUUUAUUCAUUUAUCUGAUGCUUUUAUCCAAAGAAACUUCCAAUUAAUGUGUGUUCCCUGGGAUUGGUUACUGUAGCUUUACAGCAUUACCACUAAUCUUCUUGGAGCACUACGGCUACAUUCUUUGUCUUGUUCAAAAAUCCCCCUGGAGUAAAAUUGUUUUUAAACUUAAUAUCCUUCUCAUAUAAUCUUGUCAGCUAUGACACUCACACUGACUCCUUUGUCUCCAGCAUAAUGGUAAAAGAAAGUAAAUAUAGUUGUAUUUUUCUUGUUUUGUUGUGUUUUCUUGCAAACAAAUUGGUAGAUAUUACGUCCCUUUAUUGUAUUACUUAAAGAAUAUUACACAGUGUUCUGGCAAAAUAUGUCUGGUACUAGACUAGGAGAUUGCAUUCUGUGUUUUUAUGUUUAAGUGUUCUUUGAAGUCAGGAUACUUGUCUAAUGAUAAUAUGUGCGCAUUAUAUUUUCUGUUAUUCUGUUUUUGUGUGAGUCUGUUUAGAGGCAUAUAACAUUCAUUUAACUUUAUCUAUGCAAAAGGGGAAAUCGUGUAUGUCUCUGUUAAUGCUGUUUAUGUUUCACUGGGGUCAUUUUUCUCAAUGAUGAAUUUUGAUGUGAAAUUUAAAAAUACCUGUGGACGGAAAGACAUAGGAAUGCUGUGCAAAUAAGAUGGCAAUAAUGAUGCGUUUAUUUCCGAGUUCCUAAAUGCUUAUGUCAGCUAAUAUAACCGCCACAAAUAAAUGUAGUAAUAAAAUAA